AUGAUGAUGGAAUUCUCGAUGACGGAUCUGGGGAAAAUGAAGUACUUUCUGAGAGUUGAGGUUAUACAAGAUGACAGAGGCAUCUUCAUCAACCAGCAGAAGUAUGCUGAAGAGAUACUGGAGAAGUACGGGAUGGACACUUGCAACGCGGUGAAGAAUCCAAUGGUACCUGGCAACAAAUUAACAAAGAUUGGAGCUGGAGAAGUCGUUGAUGCCACAUCGUUCAAGCAGCUUGUGGGAAGUCUGAGAUACAAGAAGGGAGAUGAGGAGAAGCUUGUGGGGUUCGUUGAUAGUGAUUAUGCAGGAGAUACUGAUGAUCGGAAAAGCACAUCGGGAUAUGUGUAUAUGCUUGGAGGAGGAGCAAUCUUAUGGGCAUCAAAGAAGCAGCCUAUAGUCACGUUAUCUACGACUGAGGCUGAAUUUGUCGCUGCUGCUUAUGGAGCGUGUCAAGGAGUAUGGUUGAGAAACAUUCUUGAAGAGAUUGGAUAUGCUCAAGAGGAAGGUACAGUUCUAUUCUGUGACAAUAGCUCUACUAUUAAGUUGUCAAAGAAUCCUGUGCUACAUGGAAGAAGCAAACACAUUCAUGUGAGAUUUCACUUCUUGCGUGAGCUUGUGAAUGAUGGAGUCAUUGCGCUUGAUUAUUGUACUACUCAAGAACAGUUGUCUGUUGUCUGA